GGGAGGCCCCAAGCUGGGCGGGGACAGGCCCAGGCCUCGCUGGUGGGGCCUCCUGGGUGUGUGGUGGCCGUGAGGAUUCAAGGGGCGCCUGGCUCAAGGAGUAGGGGCACCAGAAUUGGGCGGUUUGGAAGGUCCUGGGCGCUCAGGAUCCUCUUAAUAAUUGGUGCUAAUGGCGUGUUGUAUAGCCUUAACCUGACACAUAUGGUUUCAUAACACAGUGCCUUAAUUUCUUCCAAAUGUACGUGGCCCUGAAUGUGUUGCGGUUUGAUAUAUGACCCCGCCCUGCUCCCGGCCUGGGUUCGAGGCGGUCCCUGUAUGUGUGAGCUUCUGUUUAUAAAGGACGAUGCACAAGCAAACGCUUACACACCCAGGCAGGCAUACCCCGGAGCUGGGGAGGCGGGGGCGGGCGCAUAUUCCAAGGAGGUCGGAGACUCUGGGGGUCGGACUCACCUCAAUCCAAUCCAACCCCCCCCCACACCAUCCUUUCCCAGAGGAGCGACUGGGGCUUCUGCACCAAGCCCCAAUGGGGGAGGAGAUCACUUCUUGGUUUCCUGUUUAAACCUCGACCUGUCGCCUAGAAGGGGGCUGGGGGCAGAAAACCCAUUUUUAUCAAAUUCUUAAAAAUACAGUUCGACUUCAUUCAAAUCAAACCCCUUGGGCCCAAGCUGACGGUGAAUCUUCCCUCCCUUCCCCCCACAAUCCUCUUCCCUUCCCCUCUUGCCCCCCCAAAAUUCCCCUUUUGCAGCCGACAUAAAGGCCUCUGAGGUAUUCUCCCGGGGGAAAAAAUGGCAUUUUCGCUCCCCCUUCCCACCCCCACCCCCAAUAGGACUUGUGUGUCGGCAGAGGCGUCUGCCGAGGGGCUAAUUUCGCUUUCCUUGUUUACGAUCGAGAAAAGAGCUUGGCUCUCCCCAAAUGGGCCCAGUACGCCGUCUGCUCCGGCUGCCGCGAGCUCUCUCGCCGUUCCUGCGCGGCCCAGGGGCUGAUGCUGGAGGAGCCAGGCCGCGGCCGGCCAGGACCCCGAGUCUGUGGGACCUAAGAAGGGCGAGGGGAGUACGGUGGGACAGUGGAUGGGCCCCGAGAGGCCCGAAAAUGGGAGCGUUUCUCCUGGAGUAAUGUGGGAACCGCUGACCGGUGAGGCCUCUAUUUCUCUCUUUUGCCUGUAUUUUGUCCGCCCCCACCCCCGCGGAUGGCCACGCUGAAGGAGGGGGGGGAACAAAUCUCCUUUGUUCGCCCCGGUUGGAAAACAGUUUCCGGAGGAGAGGGCCACUCAGGCUAGUGGGGAUUCACCUGGGAUAUUAGAGAGCCCCCCUCCCUUUGGAGGGGCGGGCCUGGGCGAGGCUGGGGUAUUUCUUCGUGUGCAGGGAUCAAACUGAAUGUGCUGACGGCGAGAUUUCGGGGUGCUAGGGUUCGAGGUUAACGGGUUAACAGCAUCCUACCGAGGCGUCAUAAAAUAUUUUUCAUUGAUUGAUUCUCUGUCCUUUCCUGGCUAAGGUCUGCAGGCCCCCACCUUACCCUGCACCCUCACCCCUAGAUUCAAUAAUGAUUGGUCCUGGUUUUCCAGGUUUCCAGUCUGGCAAAAGGAUACACUGGGCCCAAAGACCAGCCCUCUGCUUUCCCUUACUUUCGCUUUUCUUUAGAACCCAAGAGGAGCUGCCAGUGGCAACCCCCAGCCUCCUCCCAGGCCCCCUCCCCUAUAGACAUAGUCCUUAGUGCAGAAAAGGCUGCUGUGGUUACCUAAUAAUAGCCAGGGUGGCUGAAAAUAGAAUCUGGCUCAAAGACUCUGCACAAGUGGGGCUGUGGCUGGGCAGGAACAUCCAGUUUGCUGGUCAAGGCCUGGCAAAGCUUCUGGAGCCCAGAGCCCCAGUAUCCCCCUGUGAGCCCUCUCUUUGGGCACCUCACGCCUGCCUGGGGCCUGCUUCUUAGGGGCUUUGUCAGCCCUGCUAUCGCUAUAUUUCAUGUGCUGGUGGUUCCUAACUAAGAAGUGUGCAGAACAAACCCUUUCCCUCCCUGGUCUGACAGUUGUGAUCCCCACAGAGAACGCCACCGUGUUUGGAGAAGGCGAACUUGUUAGGUUGGCUGUUGUGUUCAGAAACCAUGCUCUGUAGCUUUUUAUAUUUUUUAUAUACAGGCUCAAAUGUAGACUCGAACUUACGAACGAACCUAUGCAGACUCAUAUUUCCUCUGGCGGUUAAUUGUAUAUUACCAUGCCUAUAUUCAUUCAAACACCGUUUUAUGUGCAUGCAAAAUUUUGUUUAGCCCUUGAUAGAUGGGAGUGGGCUUCUGGUGGCCCUGGGUCCACCAAGGAGGCCCUUCUGUGGCUUUGCUGGAAAUAUGUGUGUGUGCUGGGAUCGAACGAUGCGGGUUCCAUAACCAACGGAUGCCACAAAGGCUUUCUCGGACCUUAUUGCCUUUGCUGUCCAAGCAGCUGGGUGGGGGAAAUAUUAAGUCCCUUCUGCUUUCUCUUCACACCUCCGCACAAACUCGCCAUCUCAGAAACGGUUUUUACCAGGGAAACAGUAGUGUUGAAUGGGAAUUCUGCGGGAAACUAACUCAUGGGAGCGGUGGACCAGCGAGCAGCUCAGAGCAGUCAGGCUGGUCCCUGGUGCUGGAAGCCUCACUGGGACAGUGAAGGGGACUACAGUGGUUCUUAAGAUGGCCUCUGGGCAGCGGUUUGGGGAGAAUGCUGACCAGGGGGCCUUAGGAAGGCUGUUGGAGAAGGUGAGCCAGAAGAAGUAGGAGUGCAUCCCUGUCCCUGCUCUCUCUGGCUGCUCGCUGGGCCCCAGAUUUGCCAACAUUGGUGGGGCAGGUUAGAGACUGGCUAAGGUUCCCUAGAUGCCCAGAUCUGGCUACUGAUGGGACUGCAUUUUAAUCCUCUCCACUACCUGAGCCAGGGCCAGGCAGGGUGGAGAAGGCUGGCCAUAACAGUGUCUGAGACUAAGCUAGGCCUGGCCGCUGCAGGCCUGGAGAGCUAUGCAGGGACGAAGGUCGGGAAUGAACCGGCCUCCUUUUCCAACCUUUCUCCCUUCCGGAGUUAAGAAAAGACAAAGCAGAGGGGAAAUAUAAAUGUCAGUGGAAACCCCCAUAAAAGAAAGUAAGGACAGGAGCGGGGCUGGAGGGGUUUUCCGCAGCUCCCGGGGAGAUCACGUUCCUCCUGGGACUGCUUGUUCAGGCACGCAGCCGCGCCGAGGCGCGCAGCUUCCUUCCACCUUCCCUCUCCCGGCAGCCCGGCACCGGGAGCAGCCUCGGCUUUCGGGCCUCCGCCAACCGGGAAGUUGGGGCAACGUUACCCCAGAACAGUGCCCCUCACCCUAGCCCACGUCCUCUGCCACGCGCCCCAGCCGUCCCUGUUUAUUGUGUCUGUGAAUUGUUUACUUGUUUUGUCUGCUGCCACCCUGCGUCAGAAACCCGCCAAACCAGCAAACUCGCCAGGGAGAACAAAGUAAGGCUCGAUCCCGAAUUCCCUGUCCUUUCAGGGCACCCCCUUCCCGCCUUUGCCCCUCCCUCAUUUUCCCUUUCCGAGGGGAGGAAGCAGAAAUUGUCCUAAAAUAGGGCAGCUGUUUAUAGGGUCAGGGGAAUCAUGGGGACACCAUAAACCUCCGGGGCGGGUAGUGGAAAGACUUGAAGCAACCCUCCCCUUCCCCUGGCUUUUCUUCCUUCCCUCACAGUCAUUGAGAAAGUUGAGCCCCCCUCGCCCCACUCCCCAACUCCUUUCUGCAGUUUUUCUGAUUCACAGGUUGUUGCAUUUUAAAUCAGGAUAAUGUUGGCGGAAUCAUAAACCUAGAUAAAGCAUGUCCCUCUCCCCCCCACACACUUCCCUUUCUUCAGCUCCCCAAAAUAGCAGUGAAUUUAAGCAAAUCCUAGGACAUUAAAUUGCCCCUUCGCUAAAGAUCCUAUAAAUCUCCAACCCUACCAGGUGUAGAGUCAGAGAGGCCACUGUUCACCUUUAAUUUUGUUUCUGGCUAUCAAAUCUAAAAGGGUAUCAUCGAAGUAAGUAAUAUUCUGGUUUCCGAAAUGAAUUCCCCCUCCCCAUCUCUCUCCCUCUUUUUCCCAGAACAGAUUAAAUGGUUCUUUCAUAUCUGCAAACAAUAAAGGAUAAAAUUAUUUAUAGGGAAAUGAAGAGGAUGUUUCACUGUUGGCUUAUUGUCCCAGAGCAUAAUAACAUUUUAUUUUCAAGCGGUAGAAGUUAGACCAGGGGAAGAAGGGGGGUGAGGAGGAAAACAAAAGUGAGGAAGUGCAGGGCACCCGCACACACGAAACUCCUGCUGUAUGUAACUUCUGUGACACAAUUUCCUCAUGACAACGCACUAUGACAUCACAAAGGCCUGCUGCCUUCGGAGAAUUUUACAGUUCUCAAAAACCUCCAAAAUGGGCUCAGGCAAUUCUUGGUGUAGAAGGGUCUAACAGAAGUCAGGAAGGCUGGCGAUCCUUUGGCCCAGUGCAGAGUAGCUCACCCCCAUUGCCCCUCCUUUCUCAUCUAACACUGUCUUGAGGCCCCCUUCGGGGGGCCAAGAAAAUACUCUGGAUUUUUCUUUUUCCCCCUUGGCCAAGUAGGGCUACUUACUUGCCUUGACCCCCUGAAAUGUCCCUCCACAUUCCCAGUGGGGAUGAAAAGCUGUAUCCUUAGGUUCUCCAUGCACUCCUUCUUCAUCUGAUAUUCAGCUGCUCCAGAUAGAGGUGGAAAACUUGGGGGCCAGGACCCAAAAAACUAGAAAUGAUUUCUUCCAGAUGGAGCCGGAAGGGGGCUCAGUGCUGAGUGCAACGAGACAGAGAUGCCUGGGACCUAUUUUACUUUUUAACCUUAAGCCAGAGAAGUGAAUUGAGAAGCCAAACAAAUGCCAGUGUGGAGUUUGUGUCUGCUGAUGGUAGCAGCAGUAAGUGGAGUGGCUGUAAGGGAAGGUCAGGCAGAAAUCAGGAAAGAGGGAGGGAGGAGAGAAAAUAUGACAUAAAUUAGCAGAGCCGCUCCAUAUAUAUUUCUUCUCUGCUUAAUUGCAAAUAAAGCAAAAGCAGCUCAGGGAGUCUCUGGACCUCUUCUUAGCUCAAAAAAGAAGUUGCCAGUGCAGGCCUCCGAGGUGUUUGGUGUAGUUCUCAGCAGCUUGACAUGCCCCAUCCGGCCUCUUCUCCUUCCCCCUCUGUGCUGACCCCCAACUCCAUUCAGGUGGCCAGCCUGGGCCCUGUUCCCAGAAUAUUAGCACCCAGGAUGGGAUCCAUUUCCAGGCUGGGUGUGUCAAAUUUCACUUUUCUCCAAGUGUCUCCUUGUCUGAACUUUGAAAGGAGAAGGAGCGGUUUUUUUGGAAUGUAGUGCGUAUAUGGAGGGUGGGGGUGUGCUCAGAUAACUUCCUCCACCAUAUUUAUGAGAAACUGGGGUCCCCUUGGGUGAGCUAUGUUUUAGUGUCCCCAGGCAGACUCAGUUCCCUGCAUUCAGAUUCUCUGGUGGACUGGGAGACCCUUUGCAAUCUUUUUACUCCCUGUUCCACAGAGAUCAAAGGAACUAGUAUACAAAACACAGAGAAUUUGGAGUUGGAUUUUUGUUUUUAAUUUUUAAAUGAAAAAAUAUAUAUCUGAUCAUAAUCCAGCAGGGCCAACUGGGCAGUCACCCUAGAACAGCAAAGCCUUAACCAAAUAGUGUGAUUGUGAGGCGAGCUGAACAAUUAUUGAAACUCAGCUUUCUUUGCAAGAGGGAUUCCAGCCCUCACCCAAUGGCACAAAAGGGGUUGGUGUGGCAGCUCCUCUCCAGCUCUCCAAAGCAAGAAUGGGGUGGAGGGGGAGAGGCAGCUGCAGUGGCUUCCAGGCAGCCAAAUGCCCAGGCCCGGUGCUGGGUCCUGCUGCUCCAGUGUUUGGGUCCCUGGGCAGAUUCGGGAGGCACCAGCUAUAGUCAGCAGCUCCUAAUGGCAGCUAGGAGGGGAGUGCAUUUGUGUCAAGGGUGGGUGAGUUGCAAACAUCCAUGCAGAUUUAGGGAAACAGAAGAGACCACCAGAACAGAAACUGGGGACGACCUCUGGAAAAGAUGGUCCCCAAAUAAAAAUGCCAGAUCUCAUCCCCCUCUCUUUGGAUACCUCUCUGGUAAGAAAUGAAUACAUGACUCAGAAUGCUGUGGGAAGCAAAGGCAGGCAAGGUGAGGCCUGCCCAGGAAUCUCUUUAGGGUUGGAGUUCAGUCCCACCCACCCUCUACCAGUGCAGCCAUAGGCAUCCCCAGCCUUUCCCUGGCCUGGCAAACCUGGAAUAGGGGCACUUGACUCCCCGCCUGGGAACCCCCAAUUGCUCAGCCUCCAAUGCAGCUCUUAGCCUUUGGGACUCCAGGCCAGUGACUACCCCCCACUCGGGGGCCAAGGUGCCUGUAGUAAGUUCCAUUGCUAUAAUUAGCGCUCAUGGAAAGCAUGUGUUUUGGAUUCGGUGGGUGGGGGCGGAAGCGGCAAGCGGCAAACUUGGCAACUAUUCCCCUUUAUUCCUUUUUGGGGGGGGGUGCUUUGAACUCUGUUUUCGGAUCCACUCAUUACAACUCUGAUCGGGAAAACCCGCUCUUGCCUGCAAAGUCCCUCGGAAUGCCUGAGUCCCGAGGCCGGCGGAGGGGGCAGAGCAGCCGAGACCUGCGGGCCUGAUGGGGGGUGUUCGCUGAUUUCGCCAGGCUUGUUUUAUAGAAACAAAGACCAAGUUCUUCCCCCCUCCCAGGACUUGUGCAUAUUUACCGAGUUCAACUGCAGUUUUAAUAAAACAUCUGUUCUUGCUUCUGCUGAUGAGUUUCCAUAAUUGUUUUCAGACAAAUUUAACAGGCAAAUAUAAGUAUGUUUAGAAAAAUCCAAGUCCCAGCUUUCGCCUUACAGACAGGCAUUCUUUCAUCAAAAAAUAAUAUUAAUGUGAAAUGGGGAAAGGAAAAUAUAAUCCAAAGGAGAGAAGCUCGGGGAUUAUCUGGCCAGUUCUCCCCGCCUUGGAGCGAAUCUUCCCAGCAAAUUUCAGCUGCAUAAGGCACAGAUCUAACUGAAAGGGGGAGGCUUCUUUCCCCGGGAAUGGAAGAUGAUGGGGAGAGUGGGUUGGAAAUUAAUUUUGCUGAACAUCUUUACUAGUGGGGGACUUUAUUUGUAUUUCUGCUUCCCCUUCUCUCUCCUACCAGCAUUUCUGCCUUUUUUCCCCAGCAGCUGGUUUCUGUUCAUUAUAAAUCGGCGAGACCUUUCAGUCUCUGCCCUCUGUUUAGGGACGUAAUAAAACACUUAACUUUCCGGGGCUGAGACUUACAUUCUGCUCUUCAGGUCGCCCACCCUCGCGCCCACAGCCUUUAGGCCCCAAAAGAGACUCUCCCUAACUUUGGGGCCCCUGCCCCCUUCAGGCUUGGUUGAGGAGGGGCUGGAGGAAACCCAGGCAUCUUUGCUGGGCACUGUAACACACCCUCCCCAGAAGGGGACCACUUUCCCAGGUCUGAGAAUUCCCUCUUUCCUCUCCUCGUGCAUGAAAGACAUUUUAAAAUACAGAGAAAAUCAACACUCAUUGAAAAUGAAACCUCAUUAAGACAUCCUAUCUUCCAUCAUUCAAUUUGUUGUACAUUGCAACAAUUUAAUAUCUUGAAGGAAAUAUCACUGACAUGAUUUACCCCUCUAGCAAUCUCUCUCUGAAAUGGGGUGGGGGGUUACUCUCUCUUCCGGCCACUUCUACUUGUUAUACUUCUACCCUCCAGCUUCAGAAAGGCUGGGGACUCUGAAAGCAGCUGCUUGCAUCCAAGGGUGCACUGGCUUGUCCCCCAGAUCAGCCCCCAGGGUCCUCCCUUCCUUGUUGUCUCUCUCCCUCCCUACCUCUUGCCUCUGGGGGGGCCUGGAGCCCCAGCCAGCUGUUGGAAACCUCUGCCCAGGCACGCCAUGAAUUCAAGGACAGCUGGAUUCUAGAGUGAAAAGCAACUCAUACUGGUGUGUGUGUGUGUGUGUGUGUGUGUGUGUACCUGCCAUGUCACCCCAAAAUGAGAUAACUCAUCUCCAAAUUUCUUCGUUUAAGAAUGCUCCGGUACUCUUUCACCUUUAUCUCCAUGGGGAGAAGAAAGCCUGGUUCAAGGAGGGAACUUUUAUCAUUAUAGAGAUCUUUCCCCUACCCUUCUAAAUACCAACAAAUGUCCCUCCUUCCUGAAGGACUAGGGCUGUAUUUUAAAAAGCCAAUGCAAAUUUUCUGGCAGAAAGACUCUUCAACCUCAUAACGAGGUUCAUGUAUUAACUAACAUGUUGUCUUCUUCAGCUCCUGCACACUGUCUGCUUUUGGGUUCAAAACUUUAUUUUUCCCCCCUAGCGACACUCCAGGGAAACCUUAACGUUACAGAAGAUGAAUAAACGAGUUUUUUCCCAGCGUAGUCCCGUUUAUGGCUUUAUUGCUACCCAUUGAUUACUCCGCUUUGUUACACAGAAGGAAAAGAUCAUAAAAUCCGGCGACAUCCGGGUUCUUGUAAUAGCCAGUCCCCCAAAAAAUGGCAAGGGGAAAAUAUGAUCUUUCACUGCUCCCUGCGCACCCCCACCACCCCUUCUUUGUCAACUGAAAACAUUUCCAGCUUAUGUCCCGAAAUCAAAUUAAGUUUGGAUUAAUCAGGAGAAAAACCCCAUCUGCACACCUUUCGCUGUUUCAGUUCGCCCACUGCCGCUCCCUCAGAAGCCUUGGACUCAGCUGCCUUUUGCUGGCCUUGUCUUCCUUUUCCUCAGGUGGAAAUAAAAUGAGGGUAGGGACUGCUAAGAGGCCUGGUCCCACCGAGGGCGGUUGGCACUUGGGCGAGAUCUCCCCAGGAGCCCUUUGCUGUCCUUUCCAAGCUCCAGAGCUCAGGUCGAGGGUGGCUCCCUUGGCAGGGCAGUGAGACCGGAGGGGUCAGGGGGCUUCCAACGUGAGCGGGGCCUUGAGCCUGCAAGACCCUAACUGUCCAUCAGAGCCCCACCAACCUUCUCUUUCUGGCAGGAUUCUAUGUGAAUUACCCUACCAGCCCUCGCUGGCUCCAAAUCAUAAAUUCUCACCAACAUAAACAGGAGCUGAUGUGUCUAGAAAGCCUCUCAGAGUUUUCUUCCUUCCUUCCUUUCUCUCUCUCCCACCUUUUACUUCUUCCUCUCCCUUUUCUAUUGUAUUUUAUGCAUUUUACCUUUUAGGCAAAAUUGCUGCAAGGGUUUCUCCCAAAGGGGUCUGGAGGAGGAGGCAGAGGAGGGCUAGGAGUCAGAGGCAAGCAGAUGCCUGGCCCCUUUGCCCACAGCUCUACCACUGUACCUCUGAAGUCUCACCUUCACCUCUUUAAACCUAUUUGCACCUCACAGACGCCUAUACACCCAAGGCUCUCAGCCACACUCUCUUACCUAUGGGCACCCUGCUUUAUUUAAUUUCUUUCCACUUGGAUUUUUUUAAUUAUUAGGAAAAAAUAUUGCUUUAGUGAUGGGGACUCAUUCCAUGAGUGUCAUUCCUGUAGAAUUCCUGGGGAUCCCCUAAGCUGAGGGAGGUUCUCCCAUGGGGAAAUCAGGAUGUAAUUUUAGAAGGGGGCAGAUAUAAAGGAUAAAAUCAGAUCGAAAUCACAGGGAUUUCUCUGGCCCUGUCCACAACACAGCAAAGUUAGCAGUGGCUGAGAGAUUUCCUGGGAGUGCGGCUCUCCUUCCCUGAGCCCCAAGGCCCUACGCUGGGACAUUUACCCCCCCUUCACCCCCAAAUCAGUUCCCGUACAUAUAUAUUUUUUAAAGAAAUUCAAGUCUUACUUUCAAAGCACACACUUAGUCUCAACUAGGGAAUCAACAGAAGCAGAAGCGAUUUUUUUCCCCCUUCUUGACAUCUGGUUCGCGAUUGGCUGGAAGGGGGUCAGCUGACUUUGUCAUUUUGUCUGUCCUGGAUUGGAGCCGUCCCUAUAACCAUCUAGUUCCGAGUACAAACUGGAGACAGAAAUAAAUAUUAAAGAAAUCAUAGCCCGACCAGGUAAAGGCAAAGGGAUGAAUUCCUACUUCACUAACCCUUCCUUAUCCUGCCACCUCGCCGGGGGCCAGGACGUCCUCCCCAACGUCGCCCUCAAUUCCACCGCCUAUGAUCCAGUGAGGCAUUUCUCGACCUAUGGAGCGGCCGUUGCCCAGAACCGGAUCUACUCGACUCCCUUUUAUUCGCCACAGGAGAAUGUCGUGUUCAGUUCCAGCCGGGGGCCGUAUGACUAUGGAUCUAAUUCCUUUUACCAGGAGAAAGACAUGCUUUCAAACUGCAGACAAAACACCUUAGGACAUAACACACAGACCUCAAUCGCUCAGGAUUUUAGUUCUGAGCAGGGCAGGACUGCGCCCCAGGACCAGAAAGCCAGUAUCCAGAUUUACCCCUGGAUGCAGCGAAUGAAUUCGCACAGUGGGGUCGGCUACGGAGCGGACCGGAGGCGCGGCCGCCAGAUCUACUCGAGGUACCAGACCCUGGAACUGGAGAAGGAAUUUCACUUCAACCGCUACCUAACGCGGCGCCGGCGCAUCGAGAUCGCUAAUGCGCUCUGCCUGACCGAGCGACAGAUCAAAAUCUGGUUCCAAAACCGCCGGAUGAAGUGGAAAAAGGAAUCUAAUCUCACGUCCACGCUCUCUGGGGGCGGCGGAGGGACCGCGGCAGACAGCCUGGGCGGAAAAGAGGAAAAGCGGGAAGAGACAGAAGAGGAGAAGCAGAAAGAGUGACCAGGACUGUCCCUGCCACCCCUCUCUGUCUUCUUCCCUCGCUCCCCCCAACUCCCUCCUUAUCACACACUCUGUAUUUAUCACUGGCACAAUUGAUGUGUUUUGACUCCCUAAAACAAAAUUAAGGAGUUAAACGUGGACCUGAAAAUCAGCUCUGGACCCCCUCCCUUACCGCACAAACUCCCUUUUGCCACCCGCCUCCUCCCCACUCCCUCGCUCGCUCGUUCUCGGCUUGUCUGCAGGACCCGUACCCCGCCCAGGUCUUGGGGGCUUGGUCCCUGAACCUCGCUUCAGACUCCACACAUCUCCCUCCAAAAGAGGACUUGUCCCCCACCCUCUUGGC